CUUAAUAUGGGUCAAAAUUGGGUUCUAGUUGGAUUUGGGACUGCACUUCUAUUUAUAAUUACCUUCCAUAAUACCGUUGAUUCCAGUUCGGAAAUAUUUGGGGAAGGAAAAUCUGAUAAAGAAAUUUUGGAUGAUUUACUACAAGUUACACGUUACGACAAAAGACUUCUACCUCCAGUAACAGACACUUCGAGAAUUUGUGAAAAUACAGGGGAAACCUGGGUUUUUUCGAUAGAUGAUCCAAACGCAGAUGGAUGUAGUACCUUAACAGUAAACGUGAGCGUUCUUUUAUUAAGUUUAGCUUCUCCCGAUGAAUCAAGCUUGAAAUACGAAGUGGAAUUCUUAUUGCAACAACAAUGGUACGACCCAAGAUUAAAAUACGGUAACCAGAGUAAAUACGAGUAUUUGAACGCUAUUCACCAUUACAAUGACAUUUGGCUGCCAGAUACUUAUUUUAUUAUGCACGGGGAUUUUAAAGAUCCCGUUAUCCCGGUCCAUUUUUCACUUAAAAUCCAUCGAAAUGGAACGGUUAAUUAUCUUAUGAGGAGGCACUUGAUUUUAUCGUGUCAAGGAAGUUUACACAUUUUCCCAUUCGAUGAUCCAUUAUGUACUUUCGCCAUGGAGAGUAUUUCUUACGAACAAUCGAUGAUUCAAUACGUUUGGAAGAAUGGUGAAGAUGUUUUAAGGAAAUCGCCGAGUUUAAAAUCGCUCAACGCAUAUUUAAUAGAAAAUCAAACGUCCGCUUGUCCAACAAAAUCCAGCUGGAGAGGAAACUACAGUUGUUUGAAAGUCGAUUUAAAAUUUACUAGAGAUAGAGCUUUUUAUUUUACUACAGUAUUCAUACCGGGAAUUAUUCUGGUCACGUCCUCGUUUAUUACAUUUUGGUUGGAAUGGAAUGCUGUUCCAGCAAGGGUAAUGAUAGGUGUAACAACAAUGCUCAACUUUUUCACAACAUCAAACGGUUUCCGUUCAACGUUGCCGGUCGUUUCUAAUUUAACGGCGAUGAACGUUUGGGACGGUGUUUGCAUGUGUUUUAUUUACGCGUCACUUUUGGAGUUUGUCUGCGUAAAUUACGUCGGAAGAAAAAGGCCUUUGCAUAACGUCGUUUAUCGACCCGGAGAAAAUCCAGUUAUUCAGGGGCCGAUUCAACAAGAACAAUUAUCAAGGUUUUGUGAACGACCUGUAGCUAGUAGCGACAAGAAAAGGGACACCGCCGUGGUGACCAACGAGAUCGUCUCUUGUACAGCUUGCGGACCAAAUCCCUGCACGCACACUGCUAAUAAUGGAUGUACAACAGAGACUCCAACUUUACAGGUUCAUAAAAAAGAACCACCACAUCCAAUUAGAGUUGCGAAAACGAUCGACGUUAUUGCAAGGAUAACGUUUCCUUCAGCGUUUUCAGUUUUCCUUAUAUUCUUCUUUUACCAUUAUAACAGCGUGGAUACUUCAGCACCGGAAGAAGAAUAGUUUUUUAAGCGCAAAAAUUGACGACCAAAAAGAAAAACAAUUUUUUGGUUUUCCGUUUUUUGAAAAAGCCAAAAUUUCCUUUCUUGAUUUUCUUAUAUUUUCUUUUCGCGGCUGUGAAGACGGUGUCUCGCUAAAAAAGAAAAAAAAACAAUGCUAACAUAUCAACAGAUCUUUUUCUAUUUACACGUUAAACAAAUAAGUUAAAUAAAAAGAAAAAUGCUAAUGAUAUAAUAAGUAUUUCUAAUUGAAAGAGAGAAAUUUAUUUAAAACGAAGAAAGAUAGGAUAUUGUAAAUAAUUAAUUAUAAAAGAAAUUUAGGUUUUAUUUAU